UACUUCCCCCGGCAGCUGCCUGAGUCUCACACACCCAUGGCUGUCAUCUCCAUGAUGGAGAGUCUUGGUGUCAUCAACAAGUUCAGACUUAGCAGAGAGUCUUUAGCCAGGUUUACGCUGAUGGUAAGAAAAGGUUACCGUGACCCUCCAUACCACAACUGGAUGCACGCUUUCUCUGUCACACACUUCGCCUUCCUGUUAGUACACAACCUCCACAUGACAGAGCAAAGUAUCCUCACACACCUUGAAGCUCUGGCACUCAUCGUCUCCUCCAUGUGCCACGACCUUGACCAUCGAGGGACAACAAAUUCUUUUCAGGUUGCCAGCAAUUCUGUCCUGGCCUCAUUGUACUCGUCUGAGGGCUCAGUGAUGGAACGACACCACCUUGCUCAGGCUAUGUGUAUUCUCAACACCGAUGACUGUAACUUCCUGGAGAAUCUUAAUCGAGAAGAAUAUACACUGUUCCUUGAUUUAAUGCGCGAUAUUAUUCUGGCAACCGACUUGGCACACCACCUCCGCAUUGUGUCCGAGCUGCGGGAAAUUGCAGAAAAUGGUUAUGACCCUAACGAUCAAAGACAUCACGAACUGCUCAUAUGCCUGCUUAUGACGGCCGCAGAUUUAUCUGACCAAACCAAGGACUGGCAGUCUUCAAAGCACGUUGCGGAGUUGAUUUACAAGGAAUUUUUUACACAAGGCGAUUUGGAGAAAGCCAUGGGUAAUAUGCCAUUGGAAAUGAUGGAUCGAGAAAAGGCAUUUAUUCCAGAACUUCAGCUGCAAUUCUUAGAUGAUGUGGCCAUUCCUGUCUAUGAAAUUGUAGCAAAAAUAUUUCCAGGUGCGGAGGAGCCCUACACUAGUAUCAAGACUAGCAGGAGGAACUGGGCAAGACUACGAGAUGUGUACAAACGUAGAAAACCUGAGUCGACAAGUUCACUAGAAGUGUUUGAGGAUGAUUCACUUGAAGAUGAAUUAGAAAAGGAAGACUCCUGAAAUGUCUUUCCAACAUCUGGUCAGUUAAUUUUAUAGGAAAAUAAUUCCUUUCAUAUAUGCAUUCAUGGUAUACAGAAAAUCUUGAGAUAUUUGAUAACAUGAAAAGUUGCCAAAUAUUUGAACAUAAGUUAACAGCACACCGGAACAACUGUCACAGGUGAUAUGACAGGUGUUUAACUUUAAAAGCACCUUACCUUUCUAGCCAUUGUGCUUGGUUCUGAAGACAUCAAUAUGACUCUCCAGUGAAUCUAUACUUUUAAUUUAUAAUUGUUUGAGUACAGCACGUUAAACAGUGGUAUACAUGGAUCAAUCAAAUUUAGCAAGAAAACUGUUACUACAGCACUGAUAUUUGUAUCCAUACGAGCAUAUUAUAUACUGUGGUAAUGAGUUGAUUAUGCAAUUUGUGAAUUCAGUUACAUGAACAUUACAAUGAAGUAUAUUCUACUUGUUAGAGGCAUACUGAUUCAAGGGAUUGUGCUUGGUUGGUUAAACAAGUUACAGGGUUAAGUUACUUACAGUAGGCAAAGUUAGGGUAUUUGGCUAGAAUUUUUAGUAAUCCUAUACAUAUCAUGGAUGAAAUGUACUAGCCAAUUGGAAAGUGACAAUUUUUCUGGAAAACGUUUCAUAUUAUGCCAUUGCUGUAAUACACUCAGCUUCGGUACAUUGUGUGGUACCCACCCUGACUUCAGACCUUGGGUAUCCUCUUAUAAUAUCUUUGAAGGUAGAUACUUUACAUUUGCAAUAUAGUUGGUAGAACUACUCCAAGAGGAUUUGUGAUUAGUCCUCUGAAAAGUCAUUUAUUAUAACAGCAUGAGUGGAACUACUAGAAAGACAACUUGUUCUAAAAGUAGCAAACGAAAUACUGUCCAUAUAUGAGCUGUAUGUGGGUCGCCUUCGGUGAGAAAGGGAUACAAAUAUGCAGCUGGAAAUUGUACAAAGCUGUACAAUAAGCUCAAUUACUAGUGCACUUUAACCAGUACUUAAAUAUAUAACCCACCAUCAGUGAUCUUGAUACUUAAUCAUUGUGUCUUAAUGAGUGCUACCAUCACAGUCUGAAGUCAGUUGUACUCUUUUUGUUACAUAGACAAUCUACUGUUGUCAGAAAAAUUUAGAUUGUCAAGGUGACUUCCUUUAUCCCUUUCCAAGUAUCUUUCCCAAGCUUUGGGCAUUAGGGCGAGAGUUGUCGUACUACCCCUUUACUUACCAACAUUAACAAAAUUAUUUAAAAUUUGCUUAAUUUCACUGCAAUAGUGCCUGUAAUGUAAGUUCUGUGCAUUCUUUACAAAUGAUGUGUGUGUACUCUUGGCAGUAAUAAUUUGUUCAAUUAAUGGUGCCUUUAUAAUAAAUUGCCUUCACAUGCUUUCAGAAUUGAAAAGUUACUAAAAAAUGAAAGCUAAAUUUCUAAUAUUGCUAUAAGGGAUAAUGCAGAAUUUAACACUACAGCUGUCAUUUACAAAUACAAUAAAAACUGUUCAGAUUUUGAUUACGAAUUACAUUCUGGUAUAGGGUGUUGUAUAAAUCAGCAAGUCAUUUAUAGGUCUCUGCACAGCAAUGAAUUUCCAGAGAAUUGAUUCGGUAAAAGUUUGAAAUUUGUUGCCCACAAAUUAUAUGAACUUUGCUGCAAUAAAUGUCUUUACAUGUGUACAUUUUCUCCAUGCAGAAAUAUACACAUGAAUGUAUGCACAACAGGGAGAACAGUAGAUAAUUGUAGACAUGAGAAAAAGGUGCCAAAAAUACAAUAAAAAAUAUUUCUAAAACUUGGUAGAUUGCUGGAAUAGAAUUGAAAACCUUGUAGGUACCAUAACUAUAAACUGUGUGAAACUAAGUACUGACGGAAUAUCGUAAGUGUAGAUUAAGGCUUUAGAGGUGGGAAGUGGGGAUGGGGCAGACAUUGGAACUAUUUUAUUCCCUUAAAUACAGCUUAAAUAAAUACACAUACAUGCAAACAUUUGGAAAUCAUAAAAAGCUCUAGAAGGUCCAGACAUUUGCUGUAAAACAUGUCUGGUUAUUAUAUUGAUGGGGAAAAGUCUAUACCCAUAAGGGUGAUGCAGUGUGUUGGAGUGGGAGCUAGUCUAGUUUAACCCAAGGAAGGGCAAAGUAGCUCCAAGUUCUUGGGUUAUGAGUCCUUCAGUAUCAAAUGAGAGGCUUGGAGAGUUAUACCUCAACACUGGAGACAAGUAGGAGUACAAGGAUCAAGACAGAUACAACAUACACAAAGACAUGGGACCAAGACCAAAAUAAGCUGAAUAUAUGGUACAUGAAAGAGCAUUAGGAUGGCGAACAAAUACUACACCCUAGGAUAUGUGGCGUUAACCUCCAUACACAAGUUCAAAAGUAGAUAUAAGAAAGUAAAGGGACUUUGGGAGGCCUCACACCUGUCAAUUAUUGGUCAAGAUGCAGAGUCCCUGAGCAGAAGGUUGACCUUCUAAAACGGUUACCAUAAUUACACAGUUUUAAAAGUACUGUAAAUGAAUGGAGAUAUUGCAAAGAAAUUGUUAAGAACAGUGUUGGAUGUGUGUUAAUCUAGAAAGUAAAUGGCUAGGGAAAAACCUGUGUAUUUUGUUAGUAAGAAACUUUCUCCCUAGCAAGAAAUAUCGAAAUUUUUUAACAGUAAACACUUCAUUAUCCCUUACAACUAUAACAGAAUACUGUACCCAGCUGUCUUGUGAUGACAUUGGAAGAAACUCAAACAAAACAGAAUAAUCUCAGAAGACAUGCCACAGUCAGUUCCAUAAGAAACGAGUCAAAUUCGCCUUCGUUGGAAGACGAGCUGUUUUGACUACAGUACUCGAUAAAUUUGACAUGUGCAUCUCUUGGGUAUCUUUAUUGAGGAAAUAUUUUGCCACUGGAAAAUGGUGAAGAUCAUGAGUUUGAGGUAAUCAGUCCCUCAAACUCCUGAUCUUCACCAUUCUCCUUUGUAUUGGACUGAUGAAGCUACUGUGUGGCAAAAUGUUUCCACAAUAAAGAUACCCAAGUGUUGCACGUGUCUAAUUUGUCAACUUGUCGGUUCUCUGAACCAUUUAACUACCAACUACAGUAUGUACUUGUAUAUAUAAAGACAAGCUUAUUAUCAGUGAAAUAACAGUGCUUGUAUGUUUAGUGCAAAAUAAGAGGUGUUGUAACUACAGUACAUACCUAUAUGUUGACUACAAGAUAUAACUACAAGGCACUGUAUGACCCCUAUGGCUUUAGCACUUUCCCUUGAAUACAAUAAUAAAUGAUCACAGUAAUAAUGAUAUUAAUUACCAGAAUAUAUAAGUUCAUGAGAGGGUACCAGAAAACAGGCAAAAAUUUAUUUGAGAGGAGGACAAGAACACAAAAUUAAAUUACAUAGCAAAGUUAAAAAAAUGUGAGACAAAUCCUUUAGAGUACAGAGGUUCAAAACUAACUCUAUUGUAGAGGUUGACAAAUGGUAUGAGCUCUAGAAGGAAACAGUGUAAUAAAUGUUGAUAAGUUUUUAACCCUUUGAGGGUCGACAGGCCCUCUCAGAGACUCGUUCUCAGGGUCGGCCAUAUUUAAAAAAAAAAAAAUUAUUUUUUCUUAUGAAAAGAUAGAGAAUCUUUUCCCGAUCAUAAUGACACCAAAAGUAUGAAAUUUGAUGGAUUAUUAUUAUUAUUAUAAUAAAAAAGAAUCGCUAAGCCACAAGGGCUAUACAGCGCUGCAGGGUAGGGAAGGAAGCGACGGUAUUGGGCGGCAGAAGGGGGGGAGGGAUGAUCAGUAGGUUACAGAAAACAGCGGGGCAGGGGAUAGUGCGGGGGUAGAGGGUAGCAAGAGAUUGAGGUAGAAAGGGCUGAAGGUAUCAGAGUUUGUGAAGUAAGUCAGUUGUUGUCAAAAAGUCAAUGAGAGAGUCCGGAUGAAAGGUGGGUCCAUCAGCGAGAAGGGAAGGUAAAGAGAGAGCAGAGGAGCGAAGACGACGGCAGAGGUAAAUUCUGCGUGCUCGUUGAUAAAGUGGGCGGUCUAACAGAAUGUGGCUGACUGAUAAUGGAACCUGACAAUUCUCAUAGAGAGGAGCAGGGCGCCUCUCCAUGAGAUAUCCAUGAGUAAGACGAGUAUGGCCAAUGCGAAGAUGGGAGAGAGUAGUCUCCCAACCUCGACACUGGUGACAAGAAGACGGCCAGUAACCUAUACUCAGUUUAAUAGAGUGAAGUUUGUUACCGAGCAUAGUAGACCAACGUUGUUGCCAACGGAUGUGAAGGUGGGUAGCUAUUGCAGCAAAAUAGUCCAUAAAUGGAAUACUUCUAUAUGAAACUGGUAGGUCAUGUACUGCUGGAAAUUUGAUGGAAAACUUACGGAAUUAUGCUCUCGCGAAGUUAGCGGUCUCGGCGAUGUUUACACAUCGGCGAUUUUGCCCACUUUGAACCCCAUUUUCGGCCAAUUCCACUGUACUAGUCGACAAAAAACAUGAAUAUUUCGCUAGAACUCCAUUUUUUUUUCUAUCGAAUGAGUGCAAGAAACCACCUAUUUACCGAUUUCAACUAUCCAGUACAGUGGUCAGAAUUUAGCAAUUUUGCCAAUUUCACACAAAAUUCAAAAGAUGCCAAUUUCCGAAUAGGGUCCAGAAUAAACAAGAAAGACAUUCCUGGCACUAAAAUGACAUUUCCUCUGUUCAUUAGUCACGUCUCAAGGCCCCACUUACAUUCUUUUGCCUUCCACUUUGAAUUUUUAUUCUCGCAAAAAAUAGAAGAUUUACCGUCAUGCAGACUACUGCAUUAGUGUAAAAAAUGGUAUAAAUAAUAUUGGCGCACUUGCGAAAGAAUAUUAGACUCGCCAGUUGACGUGUUUUGGACGCUUGGGAAGAUUUGUUUACUUUUGAACUUUGGUAAAAAUCGAACAUUUCUGCUACUUCGAGCUCAAUUUCAAGGUACUUUUCACUGUAAAACCAGUCAAAAUCAUCUCAAUUUCUGUAAUAUGUCUUCCUUUCUAUAAAAUGAGACCAAGAAAACUAGAAUACAACAAUAAAUACCAUACGAAUAUACAGUGCAAAAAAACGGUCAGGUUUUUUUUCUCAUUAUGCACUGUGUGCUGCAGGAUUUUUUUUUUUUAUACUGUGCACACUGACCACAUAGACCCAUUCUUUCAUAUGUAGGCCUACCAGCUUUCUCCCACUAGAUUUGAGGGUGCUAGAAUUUAGGCAUACUAGUACGUCAAAAACCCUGGGUCGUAACCCGUACUAGUAUGGCCGAAACCCGCAAAGGGUUAAUAGGUAUGAUAGAUUUAAAAAACAAACUACACCAUAGGUGUAGUGCUAUUACAUUCAUAAAUGGGCAAUUUUACUUUGUAGCUAUAUCGAAUACAGUUUAUAGGGGAAAUCUAUCAAAUUUAAGCUCAAAAGUUAUACAUAUUGGCAUAUAUUUCUUUUGUAUUAUAAAUCCAUGUUUAGUACAAAUACAGUACUGUAGAGUUAUUGCCAUGUAAAUUAUUUAAUAUAUAAUUUAAUUAAAAAAAAAUUAUUACAUGGGAUAUUGGCUGUUUGGAGUGACAUCUAAACUGUUGUAUCUGGGUGCCUCUGCAAAGACAGUGAUUGUGUAUGAAUGAUGGUGAAAGUGCAGGCAUUGUACUUCCCACCUCCAGGACUCAAGUCCAGCUCACCGAUUUCCCUCAAAAAAUAUUACCCUGUUCUCACUUCGUCAGGUCCUGAAACCCUUUAUCUCCAUUCACUCCUAUCUAACAUGCUCACACGUGCCUGCUGUAUAUCCAAGCGCCUCGCGCACGCACACAUGCAUACAUAUACAUACACACAUACAUAAGGAGGUUCCUUCAGUUACAGUAUUAAUCCAUUCCAGAAGAUGUAUCUUAAAACUAUUGUAACUGAAACUCCAAAAUACAUGGUUUUACUGUAAUUUGUUUCAAGACCCCAAAAGGGGCAACUUUUAGUGUACUACUGUGUCUGUGGUUUGACCCCCAGGAAGGAUAGAAGCAUUGGGCUGUUUCCUUAAGACACCUACUGUCCCUCUUCACCUAGUAGUGAGUAGGUACCUGGGUGUUUGUUGACUGGUGUGGAUCGCGUCCUGGGGACAAAAUUAUUCUAAUUGCCACAUACUAUGACAUAAUUGACACAAUUUACCCAAAAUGCUCUGCAUAACAAGGGGUUUUCUAUAUAGUAAUAUGUCAUUGAUAUCAGCUAUGGUCUUUACCUUGGACAGGUACUUGUAGAAAUAAAUAUUAUUAUUACAGAAAGCUUCAUCAAUUGCUUUCUUUGUGUUGUACACUCAAAACUUGUUUUGUUGAAAGUUUAUAAUAAAAAUGAAAAUUUCUAUAUCCCAUGUCAUCUGUGGAAAACAUUGAUGACAUUCUUAGCCUAGAAUUGUUAACAUUGAUGUGUAAAAGGCACUGUUGAGCUUGUUUUGUAGUCUGAGACAAGAUAUUUACUCCAGGUCAGACAUAUAACUGCUAUUACAGACAUAAAGGAAUAUUUUUUUUUCUUAAUGCUGGAACUUUAUACUAUAAUGUGAAACAUUAACCAUACCUCAUUUACAAACUUCUAUGGAUGUUUACCUCUUCAAGGGGGGCUCCUUGGCGUGGUGAAGAGGCUCUUGGUCUGAGGAAUUAGACCUGUCGGUCUUCUUCCUCAGACCGAACCUAAUUACUCCCCAAUCUCCCCUCCCCUAUCCCAUCCUCCCCUUUUUCCAUUCCUCCUCCUCCUCCCCACCCCUCCCUUUUGCCCUUCCUCUUUUUGGCCUUUGGGAUUGCUCCCACAGGCGCGCUAGUUCCUAGGUAGAGGAAAGGGUACCGGGGUCCAUCCCAUUCCGUUGAGGUUCUUGGCGGGGGGG